GCUGACCGGGCGGAAGUGUGGCAGCUGGCGGAAGUAGUUCUCCCCGUGGGCUCCGAGGGCCGUGAGCUCCAGGUAAAAAUGGCAAAAAGCUUACGGAGUAAGUGGAAAAGGAAGAUGCGUGCAGAAAAGAGAAAGAAGAAUGCACCAAAGGAACUUAGUCGCCUAAAAAGUAUACUUAAAAUAGAUGGUGAUGUUUUAAUGGAAGAGGUUAAAGACAUAGUAACCGUGGUAGCACCUGGAAAAAUCAAAGAGAAAACAGACUCUGUGGGGAAAGAUCAAGAGGGUGAAUCGAAAAUGGAAGUGGAUGUUAAAAGAAACAAAAAGAGUCUUUUAGAUGAACAUGGACAGUACCCAGUUUGGAUGCACCCGAGGCAAAGGAAAAAACUAAAGGCAAAACGGGGCAAAGGGAAAAACAAAGUGAAGGCAGCAAAAGCAGCAAAGGGUCUGGCCUGGUAGAGUUUAAAGGCCUGGAAACACAUCACGUGGACAUGUUUGUUCAGAAUAUAUACUUUGAUUGAAUGAAAAUCAUUUGUUUCCGUAGUCUGCCUUCACCAGUUACUUCGGCUGAAACACGAAAUAUCUUUUUUCCAUACUUCAUUUGAGUCUUCAUUAUUAAACAUUCUUUUUUGUUUGUCAGUGUUAGCUGCACCAAACUUUUGUCUGUGUCAGUGAUUUAUCUGAUCCAGCAGUUUUCAGCAGAUGAACUGUGUAAUCAUUACAUAUUCUUGCACUUUUGGCAAAUAUAUAUGAUAAAGAUACAACAUAGGCUGUUAUCAAAUUUUAGACAGCCCCACUCUAAAAAACAAAAGGUGUCAUAUUUUUUAUAAUUUCUUAGACAUAAGUGUUGUUUAUCUAAACAGAACUUGUGUUCCUACAGUUUUUUUUUUGCUCUAUAA